AUGUCCCCCAACGGGUGGAAAGCGUCGCCAAACACACGCCUCGCGGCAUACUGGCCCAGCGUCAUCUUCCAAGACGCGAACAACCAGAUCCAAGAAGCGUACGACGCCAAUCUCACCUGGGCGCGGAGCGCAAAGGGCCUCAAGAGCCGCAACGGCUCGGCUUUGGCAGAGGUGCCUUUUUCCGUCAACGAGGGGAGGUUCGGAGGCGACAAGAUUCUCUAUCAGCGGGAUGACCAGAAGCUCAUUCUCGAGGGGAGAACCAACCUGACCAAUAAGUUGAGCGUCGGUGCACCGCCCAUCGCCAUUCCACCCAACAGCGCCAUGGGGGCCUUUACCGUCCCACGAUAUUCCAACUCAUCCGAUGGCGCCAUGAACACCUACAUACUCUGGCAAAACAGCUCAGAUGCUCUGCUUAUGACUUGGGAGGAUGACGACGCCGGGUGGAGGACUUCAUCGACGCCUACUUUUCUCGGCAGGCCCGAUAACGGCACGGGCAUAUCUUGCCUCACCGCAACGCUCUGGACGGUCGCUUCUUUGCCAUCCGACUACAGCACGGCUCGCUGUUAUUACUUGGUAGAUGGGCAGAUACGAGAGGUGCAAUAUGAUGGUUCAAAUUGGGUCGUGAUUGGAAAUGUGCGGUUGGAUUGA